AUGCCGUUCUCGGGCGAGGAGCGGAGCCUGCAGGGGAUCUACAAACCGGCGGAGGGCAGGGCGGCCGGCGGGGCCGCCGUCUGUACCGAGUGCUACACCAACCGCUCCUUCCUCUACGACGAUGGCAGCGCUCACAGGCUCUCGUCGCCCGGCGGCUGCGGGGACGGCGGCGGGGGCCGCAGGAGCGGGGUCAUUCUGGACAUCGCCGCCCUGAAGAUGACGGAGCUGGAGUCCGAGGUGCUGCCGCUGCCGCCCCGGUACCGCUUCCGCGAUCUGCUGCUGGGGGACCAGUCCUUCCAGAGCGACGACAGGGUGCAGGUGGAGUUCUAUGUGAAUGAAAACACCUUCAAGGAGCGGCUGAAGCUCUUCUUCAUCAAAAACCAGCGAUCCAGUCUGAGGAUCCGGCUCUUCAACUUCUCCCUGAAGCUGCUCACCUGCCUCCUGUACAUCGUCCGUGUCCUGCUGGACAACCCAGAGGAGGGCAUAGGCUGCUGGGAAUGUGAAAAACAGAAUUACACCACGUUCAACCAGUCCACAAAGAUAAACUGGUCACACAUCUUCUGGGUGGACAGGAAGACACCGCUGUGGGCUGUGCAGGUCAGCAUAGCUCUAAUCAGCUUUCUGGAGACCAUGCUGCUCAUCUAUCUCAGCUACAAGGGGAACAUCUGGGAACAGAUAUUCCGCAUUUCAUUCAUCCUGGAGAUGAUCAACACGGUGCCAUUUAUUAUCACAAUAUUCUGGCCUCCUUUGCGGAAUCUGUUUAUUCCUGUGUUUCUGAACUGCUGGCUUGCCAAAUACGCCCUGGAGAACAUGAUUAAUGACCUACACCGAGCCAUACAAAGGACCCAGUCUGCGAUGUUUAACCAAGUGCUCAUUCUGAUCUGCACCCUCCUGUGUCUUGUUUUCACGGGGACCUGUGGCAUCCAGCAUUUAGAAAGAGCAGGUGAGAAGCUCUCCCUCUUCAAGUCCUUCUAUUUCUGCAUCGUCACCUUUUCCACUGUGGGCUACGGAGACGUGACACCAAAGAUCUGGCCUUCCCAGCUCCUCGUGGUCAUCAUGAUCUGUGUCGCCCUCGUCGUGCUGCCGCUCCAGUUCGAGGAGCUCGUCUACCUGUGGAUGGAGAGACAGAAGUCGGGAGGCAACUACAGCCGUCACCGUGCCCAGACAGAGAAACACGUUGUCCUGUGUGUCAGCUCCCUCAAGAUCGAUCUCCUCAUGGACUUCCUCAAUGAGUUUUAUGCACACCCACGCCUGCAGGACUACUACGUGGUGAUACUGUGCCCAACAGAGAUGGACAUCCAGGUGCGACGGGUCCUGCAGAUCCCUCUGUGGUCACAGCGAGUGAUCUACCUGCAGGGCUCUGCGCUGAAGGACCAGGACCUCAUGAGAGCCAAGAUGGACAAUGGGGAAGCCUGUUUCAUCCUCAGCAGCCGGAACGAGGUGGACCGCACUGCGGCGGAUCACCAGACCAUCCUGAGGGCCUGGGCUGUGAAGGAUUUUGCCCCAAACUGUCCCCUCUAUGUUCAGAUUCUAAAGCCUGAAAACAAGUUCCACGUCAAGUUUGCUGAUCACGUCGUCUGUGAAGAGGAGUGCAAAUACGCCAUGCUGGCACUGAACUGUGUCUGCCCUGCCACCUCCACCCUCAUCACCCUGCUGGUGCACACCUCCCGUGGCCAGGAGGGCCAGGAGUCCCCGGAGCAGUGGCAGCGGAUGUACGGGCGCUGCUCGGGCAAUGAGGUCUACCACAUCCGGAUGGGCGACAGCAAGUUCUUCAUGGAGUACGAGGGGAAGAGUUUCACCUACGCGGCCUUCCAUGCACACAAGAAGUACGGAGUCUGCCUGAUCGGCAUCCGGAGGGAGGAGAACAAGAGCAUCCUGCUGAACCCCGGCCCGCGGCACAUCAUGGCAGCAUCCGACACCUGCUUCUACAUCAACAUCACCAAGGAGGAGAACUCUGCCUUCAUCUUCAAGCAGGAGGAGAAGCAGAAGAAGAAGGGGUUUGCUGGGAGAGGCACCUACGAUGGCCCAUCCCGCCUGCCUGUGCACAGCAUCAUCGCCAGCAUGGGUACAGUAGCCAUGGACCUGCAGAACACGGAGUGCCGCCCUGCUAACAGCAGCAAGCUGGCGCUGCCGGCAGAGAACGGCUCCGGCACCCGCCGGCCCAGCAUCGCACCUGUACUGGAGCUGGCUGACACCUCCUCCCUGCUGCCCUGCGACCUGCUCAGCGACCAGUCCGAGGAUGAGAUGACACAGUCGGACGAGGAGGGGUCGGCGGUUGUGGAGUACGUGAAAGGCUACCCCCCGAACUCCCCAUACAUCGGGAGCUCCCCGACCCUGUGCCACCUUUUACCCGAGAAGGCCCCAUUCUGCUGCCUGAGGCUGGACAAGGGCUGCAAGCACAACAGCUUUGAAGAUGCCAAAGCCUACGGGUUUAAGAACAAACUGAUUAUCGUUUCGGCAGAGACGGCUGGGAACGGGCUCUAUAACUUCAUUGUCCCCCUGCGUGCGUACUAUCGGUCCCGCAAAGAGCUGAACCCAAUUGUGUUGCUGCUGGACAACAAGCCUGAGCACCACUUCCUGGAAGCCAUCUGUUGUUUCCCCAUGGUUUACUACAUGGAGGGCACGAUCGACAACCUGGACAGCUUGCUGCAGUGCGGCAUCAUCUACGCCGACAACCUGGUGGUUGUGGACAAGGAGAGCACGAUGAGCGCUGAGGAGGACUACAUGGCAGACGCGAAGACCAUUGUCAAUGUCCAGACCAUGUUCAGGCUCUUCCCCAGCCUCAGCAUUAUCACAGAGCUGACCCACCCCUCCAACAUGAGGUUCAUGCAGUUCAGAGCAAAGGACAGUUACUCUCUUGCCCUUUCCAAGCUAGAGAAGAAAGAGCGAGAGAAUGGCUCCAACCUGGCCUUCAUGUUCCGGUUGCCCUUUGCAGCCGGGAGGGUCUUCAGCAUCAGCAUGCUGGACACGCUGCUCUACCAGUCGUUUGUGAAGGACUACAUGAUCACCAUCACCCGGCUGCUGCUGGGCCUCGACACCACGCCGGGAUCCGGCUACCUCUGUGCGAUGAAGAUCACUGAAGAUGAUCUGUGGAUCCGGACCUACGGCCGCCUCUUCCAGAAGCUCUGCUCCUCCAGUGCUGAGAUUCCAAUUGGGAUUUACAGGACGGAGUCACACAUGUUUGCCACCUCUGAGCCCCACGACAUCAGAGCGCAGUCACAGAUCUCAAUCAAUGUGGAGGACUGCGAGGACACAAAGGACGUCAAGGAGCACUGGGGCAUCAAGACCGGGCACCACAGGAACUCGUGCUCCAGUGACCAGUCGGAGCACCCGCUGCUGCGGCGCAAGAGCAUGCAAUGGGCCCGGCGGCUGAGCAGGAAGGGCAACAAGCACUCCAGUAAGACGGCCGAGUGGAUCAGCCAGCAGCGCAUCAGCCUCUACCGGCGCUCCGAGCGCCAGGAGCUCUCCGAGCUGGUCAAAAACCGCAUGAAGCACCUGGGCUUGCCCACGACUGGGUACGAUGAGAUGAACGACCACCAGAACACGUUGUCCUACGUCCUCAUCAAUCCCCCUCCGGACACGCGGCUGGAGCUCAAUGACAUCGUGUACCUGAUCCGCUCCGACCCCCUGGCCCACGUGGCCAACGACGGCCACAGCCGCAAGAGCAGCUACAGCAACAAAGUGGGGCCCUGCAACCCCGAAACACGCGACGAGACCCAGCUCUGAGCGGCCCCUGCCCGGGACAGGGUGAGGAUGAGGAUGGCGGCCGAGGGGAAGGCGGCCGCUGCUGCUGCUGCCCAUGGGUGCCCCCGGGACGGUGAUGCCCAGCCCCUGUGCUGUGCAAGGGGUGCCCCCGGACGGACAGACGGACAGACGGACACCCACAGGCACCCCGUGGCUUUUAACCUUUUAUACCAAUACCGCAACUAGUGAGAAAGUCUUCGCUGGUGCUGGUGGGACGUGGCUGAGAGCCGAUGGUGAAUGACCCUGUGAGAGCAGGAGGACUGUGUUCAACGUUACCCCCCAAUGAUGCAGGUUGUUUGCAUUUGAUGGGGUUUGUCAAUACAAGAGCAAAACUGCACCAAAACCUUCCUCUGUCACCGGGGAUCCCUUGGGGUACCCAAACUUCUCUUUCACCUAACUCAUGUUCUUCACCCUCUGUUGGUUUUCUGUUACGGCAUCGAUGUGAGGAGCACUUGGAGCUGUGCCGGGAGGCAGAGGAGGAUGUGCUGGCUGCUGUGGGAUGGCUGGAACAGGACGGGACAUGGCCAUGCAGCUCCUUCGGGUGCCAUGGCAGGGCUGCACUGCCUCCAGUGCACCUUAGCCUCUCACAAACCAAACCCCACCAAAACCAGGUGACUGAAAGCCAAUCGCCAUCCCUAUGGCAAUGCCUCUUGCCGUACGUGCCCAGCUCUAAGCCCAAGCCCCGGCUGUGGGUCUGUGUUCCCCAUUGAGCUCAUCCCUCAUUGCUGCUGCUGUUGGAGCUGGGCUGCCCAGGGGUCCCUGUGCUGGGGUGGGAUGGGACAGGCUGGCCGGGAACAGGCACUGAUGGGGUCAGUGUCCCAGCUCAGCCCCUUCCCCUCCUUCCAGUUUGGGGUCUGACACCCGCUCGGCUGCACAGCCUGGAUCUGGAUGUCCCCUCUCCCCUUCCCAUGGGGCAUGACCAGUGCCACCAUAAGGCAGCGGGUUCUGCCUGCGCCCCCUGCCCGCUGCAGCUCCAUCCAUCCUUGCUCGACUCGAUAACCCAGCAACAACAUGUGUCUGCAGCAGAGGUGCAUGAAUGUACAGAACAACACCAACCCCAGAGCACUGCCUGUGCUGGACAACCGCUUCCGACUGUCCCCGCAGACACCUCCCCAGAGCAGAGACAGCCCAUGCGGUUCCCAUCUAUUUUUGCACACUUGUAAAGGUUUUCUUUGGCUGCCAAGUGAAGAACUCACUCGUUACCUUUCUAGACCUUUACUUGCAUAGGUUAAAACUCCAAUGUGCUUUCUUUAUAUCCAUGAGAAGCCUGUAAAGCACAACGUUGCCAUCAAACCCCAUCAGCCAUCCCGGACCUGCUGCCAGCUGAAUGGUUUAGUGCCAUGAACGUUUGACUUCUGUUCCCCCAAUAAAAGCUGUUUACAAAAGCCAACCAAAA